UGAUUGAUUUAGGCGAACAUGGCACAAUAUUUGAAAGGAAUAUACAUUAUGGAGACCCUUACAUAUGAUUUAAGAUUGCAGGAUGUCUUGUAAACUUUCAUGGGAGGACCUCCAGGCUCUGUGCCGCAGAGAAAGACUAGUUUGCAAACAGCUGAGUGUGACAAAGAACAACUUUAAUGAUUAUGAAGUGGAGUAUCUAUUCAACUACAAAAAACACAAGGGUCGCGAGUUCUUCCUGGUAAAGUGGAGGGGCUAUGCAGAGUCAGAAAACACAUGGGAGCCUCUCAAAAACCUUAAAUGCCCAGUACUCUUGCACCAGUUUCGAAAAGACAUGAGGGCAGCUCUUCUUCAGGCCAAUGACCCGCUCGAUUCAGCAUCUUUGAGCGCCCCCGUUGUGUCCUUCCUCCUCCAGAAAGCCAAGCAACGUAUCAAGCUUAAAAAAUGGGAAGACCUCCUGAACCAGACCUGCAGGCACAAGGGCUGCAUAUUUGUUUGUAAUGAGGUCGAUCUGGACGGACCUCCUAAAAACUUCACCUACAUUAAUGACAAUAAGUUAGGGAAAGGAGUGGAUGUGAAUAGAGUGACAGUGGGCUGUGAGUGUGAUGACUGCAUCUCUCAGCCGAUCGACGGCUGCUGUCCAGGGCUGCUGAAGCAUCGGAGAGCGUAUAAUGUCAGCAGGCAGGUGAAAGUGAUGCCCGGGGUACCCAUCUACGAGUGUAACUCCAUGUGCCGAUGUGGUCCUGACUGUGCUAAUAGGGUUGUGCAGAGAGGAAUUCAGUAUGAUCUGUGCAUCUUCAAAACAGCAAAUGGCAGAGGGUGGGGAGUGCGGACGCUGCAGAGGAUUUACAAAAACCAUUUCGUUAUGGAGUAUCUCGGAGAGAUCAUUACCACAGAGGAAGCAGAGAGGAGAGGAGUGGUUUACGAUAAGCAAGGCGUCACCUACCUGUUUGAUCUGGACUAUGUGGAGGACGUCUACACCAUCGAUGCAGCUCAUUAUGGAAACGUCUCUCACUUUGUCAACCACAGCUGCGAUCCAAACUUGCAGGUGUAUAAUGUUUUUGUUGAGAACUUAGAUGAGCGACUUCCCAGAAUUGCAUUCUUUGCCAAACGAGGGAUCAAAGCAGGAGAAGAGCUCACCUUUGACUACAAGAUGACCAUUGAUCCAGUAGAUGCAGAGAGUAAAAAAAUGGACACAGACUUCAGUCGGGCUGGAAUUGAAGAAUCCCCCAUCAAGCGGAUCCAUUUGGAGUGCAAGUGUGGAGUGAAGAACUGCCGGAAAUAUCUGUUUUAAUCCAGCUCACACAAAAGCAAGAUUUUUAUAACAUUUCAUGAAAUUAUUUUUGUAUGUUUAUUUAUUUAUUUUAUGUGUAUACCGGUAUGUACUUUAAAUAGAUUUUAACUUCAUGUAUUUGUUAGUGACCAUUGUGAUGUAUGAUGGCUUUUAUUCAUUC